AUUUACUUCACCGAGUCAACGUCAAAUGCAUUGACAUUCACGUUGCAGUUGUCAUCUGUUCCACAAUUUUGCUCCACCAAAUUUGUGUGAUGACAUAAGUUCAAGAACCACUGUUAUUUUUGUGUACUGUGCAGUUAAGUGAUAUUCAUAAUGAGUGCCAAUAAAUCUGAAAGUGAAUAUUCGCUACAUCAGAACCACGACAUCGUUGAGAAUCCACGGAAACGUUUCUGUGUGGACCAUGCGGGUCGGAAAAGUUGGAGUUUACUCGAACGCACCACUGAUGAAGAGGUAUUGCAAGAGAUGGGUGUCAGUCUCCUCGAGUCAGAUGAGGAGUCCUCAUGUGGGCCUAGCGUGUCAGGAAUUACACAAAAAUCAACGAAGCACCGGCAAGAUAUUGAGAACGUUAAUCCGAAUAUCAAUUCGGUGAUGUCACCACGAUCUAGGUACAGUCCUAGAAGCCCUAAACGCAAGGGGAGCCCUAACGCCGGCCCUUCUAAAGCCAAGAGUCCAAGGAGUUCAGAUAAAACCAAACCACUUCAGCAAACAGAACAGCAAGUUCUUGAAACUAGUAUUAUCGACGAAUAUCUGAUCGAGGAAGAAACUCCAUUAGGUCAGUCAGUCAGCGCUGCAUACAUACCCACUACAAGAGCUACGUACAGCGCUGGCAGUGACAGCAGUGGAGGACGGCAGAGUUAUACACCUCUUGGCAUUGAAGAUGACCUCAUGCUAGAACGGCGUCACAAGUCCGAGCCCACUGAAAGCGAUUCCUUCAAGCUCCUUUCUGACGAAAUGAUGCUCAGCGUCUUCAGUUGGCUACCUAAACGGACACUAUCACACUGCAUGCUGGUUUGUAAAAGAUGGUACCGAGUGGCCUGCGACGAGACGCUGUGGGUUCGAAUGGAUCUUGGAAAUAAAACUAUAUCCAAAGACGCACUAGGAAGAAUAAUGUCAAGGAAACCUGUUAUACUAAGAUUGGCUAGUUCCGAGAUAGGCGAUUGGACGCCAGCCGCCCCGCCUAGCGCGUCUCGACUCCAAUACCUGGACCUCAGUAUGUGUAGUAUAUCUCCAUCCACCUUGGACACGCUCCUAGCUUGCUGUCCAAACCUUAAAAAGCUUAGUCUAGAGAGUCUACCGGUAGAGGACUCUACUCUCAGUAUUAUAGGUCGUUGUACGAAUUUAGAAACUUUAAAUCUAACAAUGGCCUGCGGAUUGAAGACUGAAGGUUUCAAAGCUCUCUUCGAAGGAUGUACUAGCGAGAGGAACUGGGACGCAGUCUCCUCCUUCUGUAAAGCAGUAAUGCUCGCAAAGAGGGAGGCGGCCCGCGUGAGGGAGCAAUCCUCCUCCUCACGCCCCAGCCGCCGCAACAGGCGUCUGUAA